AUGCUUCGGACAUGGACGCUGACGACGCUCCCGGGAGUGGCGGCGCUAGCGCGUGCUGGGUCGUCCCAGGCGCUGCCGGUGGUGGAGUAUGUCUCGCACGCGGCGUUCCGGGCGGGCACGCUGUGCGAGGUGCCGACGUCGAGCGAGGCGGCACUGGUGGCGCGAGCGGCGUCCGGGGCGACCGAGACCAUCCAUCCGUCACAGGUGGUGGACGUGUGGCCUGCGCAGGCGUGGCCAGAGUCGCACGAGGCGUUUGCGGGCGACGCCGGUGCGGUGGACUCAUUUCUGGCGACGGCGGCGCCCGGAUCGCUCUCGCUCGAGCCGGUCUGGACGGCGCUCCUCGGGCAGUACAAGCACGCGCGGCUCCGGUCGCAUGCGCUCGCGCGGAUCCUGUGGCACUCGCGGAGCACGGCGGUGAGAGCUGUGCAUCUCCACGCCGCCUUCCGACUCCUCGCGGACGAUGAUGUGUUCUUCAAGCGCGGGCUGCCGUACAAGUCGCCGCCGCGGCGGUCGCAGGCGGCGCUGCCGGACCUUCUUGCCGCUGCGGCCGGAGGUGGAGAGUGGGUGGCGCCCGGACGCGACGCAGCGGCUGCUGCGGCCACCGACGCGGCCAUCGACUCGUUGCUCUUUGCGCAGCCGGGCAAGCGCGGGUAUGCGCCGCGGUCGCGGCAGGCGGUGCGGACGUCGGACGCGCAGCGGUUCAUGGCGACGGUCCGCGAGCGCAUGGCACAGAUCCGGCGCAAGGCGACGCCGCGGGCGUGGUCGCGGGCGCGUGACCUUCCACUGCUCUUGGCGCUGGAGACGUAUGCGCUCGGGGCACCGUCGGGGGCGGGCGGAGGGUUCAUGCGCGGGCGAGCGGGGCACACGGCGCGGUCCAUCCUCCGCACGCUCGGCCUCGCGCAGGAGCCCAGCGCGGCGCGGCAGCUUCUUGUCGAGUGCGGGCAUCUUGCGGCGGACGCGUCGCGGCCGGUCUCGGAGGCCGAGGCUGCGCUCCGUGACACGUUUCCACCGUUCCCGGCCGAGGUCAAGGCGGCGGCGGAGGCCGUGGAGGAAGCGGCAGCGGAGAGAGUGGUUGAGCUUGGCGCGCGGGUCGACCUCCGACACAUUCCGGCGCUUGCGAUUGACGCGCCGUCGGCGUCGAUUGUGGACGACGCCAUCGGGCUCGAUCCGGCGAGCGGCGAGGUCCUCGUCCACGUGGCGGACCCGCUGCCGGCGAUCGAGCUCGGGUCUGUGCUCGACUCUGCAGCGCACGCACGGAUUGCGUCGUGCUACUUUCCGGGGGCGCCGCAGCACAUGCUGCCGCCGCGCGGGCUCGCGGCGCUCGGCUUCCAGACUCAGCGUGCGACGUAUGCGCUGACGGCGCGGAUCCGACUUGAGCGCAACGGGAGGGUGGCUAGCUCGUCGCUCGAGCGGUCGCUGGUGGGCCCGGUGGAGCGGCUGUCGUUUGGCGAGGCCGACGAGGCGCUGCUUGACGGGGCGGAGCCGCUGCUGCCGCUGUACGGACGGGCGGCGGCGGCGCGGAUGGCGCGGUCGCGGGCGAGCGGGCGGCACAUUCCCAAGCACCGGCUGCUCGAGGAGCCUGCCAAGCUGCUGGUGCAAGAGUGCAUGAACCUGGCAAACGCGCCUGCGGUGGGGUACGCGGCGGCGGCCGGUGUGCCGCUGCCAGGUGGGAGAGCGGCUACGAUCACGUCACCGCUCCGGCGCUACCUCGACCUUGCUGCGCACCGCAACCUGCCGUGUGCGCUCGACGGCGGGGCUGGGCAGGCUGCAGACCCCGAGCCGGAGCUCCGCGAGCUCUAUGCCGUGGGCGACGAGCUCUGGGUCCGGGUUGCGCUCGUCUCGCCGGGCGAGCACUCGAUUGUGCUCGAGCCGGUGCCGGCCCGCGGCGUCCGCGUGGCGAGGCGCGGUGCGCGAUCGCGCAAGCAGCCGGUGCGGAGCAAAGCAAGUGGCAAGAAGCAAUAA